AUGGACAGCCUUGUGGCCAAGUACAGCCGCCCGGCGUUCGAGCAACACAACACCUUCAGAGACGAUGAGCAGGAGGACCUUGAGCUCUUAGGCGGAGCGCCGCCGCUGUCAUUGAAGUUUGCCAUGCCGCCCGUCGCACAUCCCUCCUCCUGGCUCCGCGCAGCAACAGACGACCGAGCCAACCCCGACUGUCCCAUCAAGAUUGCCCACGGCACAACAACCCUCGCUUUCCGCUUUCAAGGCGGCAUCAUUGUCGCCACCGACUCCCGUGCCACGGCCGGAAACUGGAUUGCCUCGCAAACGGUCAAGAAGGUCAUUGAGAUCAACUCGGUGCUUCUGGGCACUAUGGCCGGCGGUGCCGCCGACUGCCAGUACUGGCUCGCUUGGUUGGGCAUGCAAUGCCGUCUCCACGAGCUCCGCCACAAGCGCCGUAUUUCUGUAGCCGCAGCCUCCAAGAUUCUCGCCAACCUAGUCUACUCAUACAAGGGUAUGGGUCUCAGCAUGGGCACCAUGUGUGCCGGCGUCACGAAGGAGGAGGGCCCCGCACUGUACUACGUUGAUUCGGACGGCACUCGCCUGCCCGGCAAUCUUUUCUGCGUCGGCAGUGGUCAGACUUUCGCGUACGGUGUUCUGGAUGCCGAGUACCGCUACGACUUGACGGACCAAGAAGCGCUCGACCUCGGUAGCCGAAGUAUCCUUGCCGCAACACACCGUGACGCCUACUCUGGUGGUUUCAUCAACCUGUACCACGUCAAGGAGGAGGGCUGGGUCAAGCAUGGCUUCAACGACACGAAUCCCAUCUUUUGGAAGACGAAGCUGGAGAAGGGUGAAUUCACCAACGUUACUGCCGACUUGGACUAG